AUGCACUUUAGCUUCGUGGACUUGUACCAUGCUAUCAUCGGGCGGUUCAGCAAGUCUGCUGAGAAGGUACGUGAUGGUGCGAUUCGGGACUACGAUGGGAGAAAACUCCAGAGGUUCAGUGACAUAGCAGUUGCAGCCUUCUCGGCAGCUCUCCCGACACUGGUUAUCCUUGUUCUUUACUUUGUGCAGAACAUGAUCCAUCGCAUAGGUCUCGUCAUUGUCUUCACCACCAUCUUCUCAGUGGCGUUUGCAAUGUUCACAGGGGCGAAGAAGGCCGAGGUGUUCGCUGCGACGGCCACAUUUGCGGCGGUGGAAGUUGUUUAUAUAGGGAGUGUGGCCUCUAACGAUAACAACAUCUAA